UGCGAAUAAGCAUUCAUAUGUACUGAUGUAUAAAAGGCAAAUAAGGAAUCUCGAAACUCGGCUGGACUCCCUUCGUUUGGUCAUCGUCUGGGUAGUUUACAGGUGCCGGGGCUUCAGGGUGGGGCCGUCACUUGCUUACGGAAAUAAACCUAAUGAAUGUGCGCCUGUUUCAUAAAACUGAUCAAUGCGUUUGGGGUCAUUUCCUCCGGGAGGGUUUGAACACCAGGACCAGGUGUGAGGUCCGCCCAGUGCCGCCCUCUCUGCCUUUUGUUUCUAUCCUAAUGCAGAUGGUUCGGUCACUGGGGGUCCCGUUAGAAGUCUGAUCCAGACCGAGGCGUGUCAGGGUUCACGGGCGUGAAAACACGUACAGGUCCAACCUGCCUAUUAAUCAAUGGAAAUGCAAAGCGCGUCUCCAGCUGUCUUUCAUGAAGUUUAACUGCGUCCGAUACCUUUUAACCAAAUACAAACUCUUGCUUUUAAUCAUUUUUGCAGACGUGACGCGUUAAACCAAAGAAAACGUUUUUGGUUCGGGAAACAGAAACACACGUAAAUGGCCCAUCCUGCGGGGGGACAGUGUGCGCGCUGAGCCGCUUCGGUUGACUGACUGAUCGGAGUCGUUUCUCCAGCAGCCCCCUCCUCCCCGGCCGGCAGACGGUGUGUGAGCGCCGCUCCGCUUCGCGUAAAUACGCCACGGCUUUAUGACUGUAACUCGCCCCUCUCCCCCAGGCUCAGGUUACCGUGGCCGGACUCUCCAGGCGCACAGCGGCGGUUCCCCUGUCCUUGUCCCAGCCUCCUGCCUCCCAGAGCCACCCAGCGGCCCCUCUGAUUGGACCCCGGCGAUCGGCGGCGCUGAGAGCUUCGGGACGUGUUUCAACAGAUGGUUGGGGUUAGUGUGUCAUCACACUGGAGAAAGGAUUAGAGAGGGAAGGUUGCCUUCCAGGAUCUGUGUGGUCCCCCAAGACUGAACCUUUAUGAGAGGACCAGCCUGUGGGAACCAGAGGAGCCUCCAUCCAGCGUCAGGUCGUGACAUCCAAGUGGAAACGCGAUCCCCACCGCCAUCGCCAUGAAGCUGCUGUGCCUAGCCGCUGUCGCCGCCCUGCUGGUGGCUGGCCCACUGGACUGCACUGCGUUUACCACACGCGCUCAGGGGCUGCGCGGCCGUGUGCAGAGAGACCGCCGCAACAUCCGGCCUAACAUCAUACUCAUCAUGACCGACGACCAGGACGUGGAACUGGGCUCGCUGCAGGUGAUGAACAAAACACGCCGGAUCCUGGAGCAGGGAGGUACAACCUUCACCAACGCUUUCGUCACCACGCCCAUGUGUUGCCCAUCACGUUCCUCCAUGCUCACCGGCAAGUACGUCCACAAUCACAACACCUACACCAACAACGAGAACUGCUCAUCACCAUCCUGGCAGGCCCAGCACGAGCCGCGCACCUUCGCCGUUUACCUCAACAACACGGGAUACCGGACCGCUUUCUUUGGGAAGUACCUGAAUGAGUACAACGGCAGCUAUAUCCCACCCGGCUGGAGGGAGUGGGUGGGCCUCAUCAAGAACUCACGCUUCUAUAACUACACCGUCUGCCGCAAUGGUUACAAGGAGAAGCACGGGGCUGACUAUGCCAAGGACUACUUCACGGACCUGAUCACCAAUGAGAGCAUCAGCUACUUUCGGACGUCUAAGCGCAUGUACCCACACCGGCCCGUCAUGAUGGUCAUCAGCCACGCCGCCCCGCACGGUCCCGAGGACUCCGCCCCCCAGUACUCUGAGCUCUUCCCCAACGCCUCCCAGCACAUUACUCCCAGUUAUAACUACGCUCCCAACAUGGACAAGCACUGGAUCAUGCAGUACACCGGCCCCAUGAAGCCCAUCCACAUGGAGUUCACCAACUUCCUGCACAGGAAGCGCCUGCAGACUCUCAUGUCCGUGGACGAUUCCGUGGAGAAGAUAUAUGAGAUGCUGGUGGACACCGGAGAGCUGGAGAACACCUACGUAAUCUACACAGCCGACCAUGGCUACCACAUCGGCCAGUUCGGCUUGGUGAAGGGCAAAUCCAUGCCCUACGACUUCGACAUCCGGGUGCCCUUCUUCAUCCGCGGGCCCAACGUGGAGGCAGGAGCAGUGAAUCUCCACCUGGUGCUGAACAUCGACUUGGCGCCCACCAUCCUGGACAUCGCGGGGCUGGACACGCCCCCCGACAUGGAUGGCAAGUCCAUCCUGAAGCUGCUGGAGCAGGAGAGGACAGGGAACAGAUUCAAACCAAACCGGAAACCCAAAGUCUGGAGGGACACUUUCCUGGUGGAGAGAGGGAAGAUACUCCGCAAGAAGGAGCAGGGGGCUGGCGGCUUGAACACGCCGCAGAGCAACAGCCUGCCCAAGUACCGCAAGGUGAAGGAGGUGUGCCAGCAGGCAGAGCUGCAGACGGCCUGCGCGCAGCCGGGACAGAAGUGGCACUGCGUGGAGGACGUCGCGGGCAAGUGGCGGAUCCAGAAGUGCAAGGGGCCCCUGAAGGAGGGCCCCAGGAAGAAGGCGAGGAGCCUGCGGGGCCGUGGCUAUGAUAGCCGUGAGACGGAGUGUGACUGCGGGGAGCCGCCGUACCGUGCCGCCGGCGGGGGCCGACGUACCCAGAGGCCCUUUGGCAAGCCAGGCAGCCCACGAUUCCGGCCUCGGUUUGUUCACAUGCGGCCGUCCCGCUCUCUGGCAGUGGAGUUCGAGGGCCGGAUCUACGACAUCGACCUGCAGGCCGAGGACAAGUCGGACCUGGUCCCACGGAGCAUCAGCAAGCGGCAGGACAUGCCAACGGGCGACGUGGACUUCGGCCUGGAGUCGGACGACGCCUCGGAGGAGAUGCUGGCAGACGACACCAAUGCGGUCGGAUAUCCCAACUCCAUCAAAGUCACGCACAAGUGCUACAUCCUGACCAACGACACCAUACACUGCGAGAGGGAGAUCUACCAGUCAUCCCGGGCCUGGAAGGACCAUAAGAGUUACGUAGAUCAAGAGAUCGAAGCUCUUCAAGACAAAAUCAAGAACCUGCGGGAGGUCCGGGGACACCUGAAACGGCGGCGACCCGAUGAGUGCGACUGUGGCCGGAAGAGGGAGGUGGUGCCAGAGGUGGACAGGAAGUCGCAGCUGUUUAACGAGAUCCGCAGGAAGAAGAAGGAGCGUAAGCUGAAGAAACGGCAGCGCAAGGGGGACGACUGCAGCCUUCCGGGCCUUACCUGCUUCACGCACAACAACGACCACUGGCAGACAGCCCCCUUCUGGAACUUGGGGGGCUUCUGUGCCUGUACAAGCUCCAACAACAACACCUACUGGUGCUUGCGGACUAUAAACGAGACUCACAACACCCUCUUCUGUGAGUUCGCCACGGGCUUCCUGGAGUACUUUGACCUCAACAGUGAUCCGUAUCAGCUGACGAAUGCCGUCUUCUCUGUGGAGAGGGACGUCCUCAACCAGCUGCACUCCCAGCUGAUGGAGAUGAGAAGCUGCCAGGGAAAUGCUGUGUGUCCAAUUCCGAGGAGCAGCGCAGAGCUCAGCCUGCCUGGGAUGGACGCCGGGGCUAAGAUGGCCGACUUCCCAGACGACACGGACUGGCGGGGGCUGGAGGACUUGUACAGCGUGGAUGAGAGCCGGUACGAGUGGCGCUCCCAUUUUAGCCCCGCCGAGGACGACUGGACGAACUUCUGGAAAGAUGUAGACAGUAUGUUUGUGCUGCUGAGUAAUUUUAAGAAACUCAACCAAACGGACGAGCUCGAACCCACAGCCGAGUCUGGCUCGGGGGCCCUCGACCUGGAGGAGGGCAGUGGGGCGGGGGGCCCAGUCCAGCCUGCCACCACCGCCACUCCCAAACUCUCCACUCUCCCACCACUGGGUAGUGCGCCCCCCCAGGUUGAGAUGAAGCCCCAUCCCCUGAAUGACAUCCCUGAGAAGCUCCCCCCUUGGGGGAGGAGCCCCUCCACCGGGGAGACCUGGGCCCAGCAGCUGAAGGAUGGCCUGGAUGGAGACGGACUCACCUUCAGCGGAAACAGCCUGACGGAGUUGGAAACGCACCAUGUCCACCUGCUGCGUUUGGCCCCCCAGGUGGAUCAGGGCCCCAGGGAGGACGAGGAGGACAUCUUCCUGGCCCAGGGCUACCUCCCCCUGUCCCCACAAACCGAGAGGCCUGCAGCAUAGACAGCGGGUGGCGGCGGCAGCGGCGCCCCCCGGAGGCAGGUGGUGGAGCUGCCGGGACAGCGCCCGAGCCAGUCUGACUCCACACACUGACACGCACUCCCUGAUGAGCGGGCUGCCCGCUGGCCACACUUUCUGGCCAGUGUAUGGCAGGUCCUGCUGUCUCGCAGAGCAAUUUAUAAUUAUAUUGUGAAUGACAAGUUGGCUUAUUUUUCUACAGGUCCUUCCAGUUAGUACAAAGCAGUGUUAUGCUGAUCCGGUCUCUAUGUAAUAUGUAUGUAUACAUAUAAUUGCCUAAUGCAGCGAUGGUUGAAUACUGGAUUUAAAUUGAAAUAGUUUAGUACCACAAGGAAGCUUAUACCAUUAAAGGAUGUUUUAAUAUAAAUAUGUCAUGUAAAACGCAGGCUCUGUGAUGGCACUGGGCGCCAUUGUUUUCUGCUGAUUGGUACUUUGUGACAUUUGGCCGCUGGUCCAUUAGACCAUCACCCUUGUUGGGAAAAGAAUUCCUGAUGGGAGGGGGGUAAUUAAACCCAUAUUAAUGAGAGACCAUGGUAAUCAGGAGGGUCAGAGUAAAACCCCAUACCAGUUAUCGGGAGGUCUGCACACCUUUAACAUGACAUCUGCUGUCCCAUGUGUCCCCAAUGGGGGGGCGCUCAUGGCUGCUACCCGAAGAGGGCCGGCAAAUCUCACAAUGGUGUAGACUGAACUGGAAGGUGGAUUCCCCAAAAACCCAAAGCCAUGACCUGUUUACUCCAAAUCUGGUCUGGCUUCAGAAAUGGUCACGCCAAUCGUUGUAAAUAUUUAAACUGAGCUAUUUUUUUUUUUAGAAACUUUGCAGCAAAUCGGGCUUCAGGAAAGCCAAUGAAAUGGGUUAGAAAUAAAUAUUUUACUGAU